AUGCUUCGUCCCGUGAAGACAAUUUCCUUUCCUCAGAAGGAGAAAGAGGAAAAAGCAUCUGCCAUGGACAACUUUCACCACUAUUUAAUGAAUAGUUCUCUGCACGGUCUCAAGUACAUUGGGGAUAAGGGCAUCACGCUCUUCGAGAGGUUCUUCUUCGUCCUGGCCUUCAUCACCGUAUCCCUGCUCUCGGGCUACUUCAUCUCCAACGUGUGGCAGAAGUGGAGCAAGUAUCCUGUCAUCAUCAGCGUCAAUCCCAUGGGAGUUUCCCUGAAUUCCAUUCCCUUUCCCGCCGUAACAAUCUGCAAUAUGAAUCAGGCGCGCCUCAGUAGCGCCCAGAAGAUCGCCAAAGGUAGCCUGGAGGACUCUCUGCUGGACAGCACGUGUGGCUUUGACAAGGAGUUCCGCACGGAAAAUACCAUUUCCGGCAAGUGGAUACACUUUCGCAAGUUCCUGCUCAACUCCUCGCAGCCGUGCAGCGAAAUGAUGGUGAUGUGUCGCUUCGCGGCCAAGAAGCAGAACUGCAUGGACAUCUUCUGGAGUUCCCUCACGGAUGACGGUCUCUGCUGCACUUUCAACACCGUCCAUCCUGACUUCAUGUUCCACGGACCGCUGACUGAAAACAAGUGGGAUAGCGAUGAAAAGAACAGUUCCAAAGGUGUGGCCAUCAAUUGGACACCCGAGACUGGAUAUCCGAAGAAAUUGCCACCGAAUUCCUUCCCGCGACCCAUUCCAGGAGCAGGAAAGAACGUCGGACUCACUGUGGCGAUGAACUGUGAGGUUGGGAAUUACUACUGCUCCUCCACGAACAGCGCAGGCUUCAAGGUCCUCCUCCACGCUCCGAUAGAGACUCCCAAAAUCACCAACUAUGGCUUCUACGUGGCACCAGGAACGGAGACCAGAGUCGUCGUCUCGCCAACGAUCAAUGAAGCGUCAGAAAUGAUCAGGAGAGUUGAUCAGCGUCAGCGUCAGUGCGUCUUCGCCAAUGAGUAUAAGCUCUUCUACUUCAGGACUUACACGCAGAAGAAUUGCGAAAUGGAGUGCGAAUCCAAGAUCAUCGCUGAACACUGUGGCUGCAUUCUCUACUACAUGCCCAAAACCACGGCGGAUGCGCAGAUCUGCAGUCUUGACGACGCCGACUGUUAUGAACCUCUCAAGACCGCGAUGAAGAUUAAUGGUACGUUGACGUGCAGCUGCCUUCCGGCGUGCUUUGAGAUCUCCUACGAAAGACGAUCAUCGACCACUCCUUUGGGUCUUGGAAACUUCCUUAUAAAGGAUCGCUUUCUCAGCAAAUAUCCGCGCCAGUUCCUGAACUUCACGAAAGGAGAGCUGAUCGGCUUCACUGAAUUUCUCUCCAGCACCGGAGGACUUUUGGGCCUGUUCAUGGGCUUCAGCGUGGUGUCGCUCAUCGAGAUUGUCUACUACAUAACCAUGCGGCCGCACUGCAUGAAGAGGAAGCGCCGAAAGCGCAAAAUAGCUCCCGUCUUUCAGGCCUGGAAGUCCACCUCAAAUCGCCAGCUCGGCGUUCAUGUUUAUCCGUAUUGCGAGUGA